AAAACCUAAGUCAUGACCUAGCUACGUGAUCAAAUUAAAUCUACUGGCGGGUCCAAAUAUGUCCAUAGACCUUCCUGAGGCUAAGGCUGAUACUUUACAAGAAGUUUUCUCGGACAAGUUCCAAUAUAUUAACUUGGAUCAUUAUAACAUUUAUCACUUUGAAGAGCUUCCAAUUGAUGGUCGACGUUAUCAGUUCCGGUUGUCUUCUAAGGGCGACUUAAUGACUGUAGUAACUCAUAUAGCCGGAAGAGCAGUUCUGUUGGUGUCUGUCUGGACAAAUAUGGAUUAUGAGAAACGUUUACGUGAAAUUCAUCAGCAUAUUUUAGAAAUGGAGCGUAGCAGUUCUAUUCCUACGGAUUUUCGAGGUAUGCUGAGUCGAGGAAAUGAACAAAUGGUGUCGUAACUCUUUCUUCUUCUUCUUCUUACAUUCACCACACUUUUCAACUGCAUAAAAAAAGAAGAAAAGUUUAAAAAAAAACAAUAGUAACAUACAAUUUCAGUGGCAUGCUGCAUUUCACUAACUUUAUUUCAUAAGUCUGUUUUCACUUCUGCGAGUGUUGGUGGGUGGUGUCAUUUUGUAUAUUUCUCUUCCUUCCUUUUCCUCUUCUUCGUCUUUAUUAAACAAUAAAUAUUUGAAGUAAACGCUUAAUUUUGAUUGUUUCACACUUUCUGUUGUAUUGCUGUGAUCUACAUAUAAUUGCAUGAUA